ACAAUCCACCAGUCAUUGCGGCUCCCUCAAGGCUCUCUGGCCAAGAAUUUAGAGAGAGAAACCAAAAUGUUUUAGAGAGAGAGUAGAACAAAGCGGUAGAAAUAUAGUGAUGGGAUCACACCAAAAUCUUGUUUAACAACGACCCUUCUUGUAAUACACACAUAUACUUACACUGCUACCAUAUAUAUUAAUAUGAACAUGUUCCCAAAUCUCUUUCAGAUUUCAACUUCAGGUACUGCUACUGCACUACACAUAGGCAUAGUAAUUCGACGAUAUAACAGAAAUAGCAUCUAUUGCGUGUGCUUCUACAAUUGAUUUAUAAAAACCCAAUGGGUUCUCGAUUCCCAUCUCAUCAGCUCAGCAAUGGACUUUAUGUAUCGGGCCGACCGGAGCAGCCAAAAGAAAGAACGCCGACAAUGAGCUCAGUGGCCAUGCCCUACACCGGUGGGGACAUCAAGAAGUCGGGUGAGCUCGGAAAGAUGUUUGAUAUUCCUGUUGAUGGCUCAAAGUCUAGGAAGUCAGGACCUAUAUCCAGUGCUUCAUCGAGGACGGGAUCUUUCGCCGGAGCUGCUUCACAUUCUGGACCUAUUAACUCCAAUGCUGCAGCCAGGCCCAGCUAUUCUACCUCGGGUCCUGUACCUUCCAUGGGGGUAACCGGUUCAACAUCAAUGAAGAAAUCAAAUUCUGGGCCACUUAAUAAACAUGGAGAACCUAUUAAAAAGUCAUCUGGACCUCAAUCUGGGGGAGUGACACCUAAUGCCCGCCAAAACUCAGGUCCUCAACCUCCAAAUCUUCCUGCAACAGGUCUCAUCACAUCUGGACCCAUUACAUCUGGUCCACUGAACUCAUUUGGGGCCCAAAAAAAGGUUUCUGGUCCUUUAGACUCAACGGGGUCAGUCAAAGUACAUGGUUCCUCAGUUGCAAACAAUCAGGCUGUGACGACUCUUGGUCAAGAUGAUGACUAUUCCUUCAAAAGGAACAUCCCGAAACCUAUAUUGUGGGCAAUUAUUUUACUUUUCUUAAUGGGAUUCAUCGCUGGGGGAUUUAUUAUUGGGGCUGUGCACAAUCCUAUUCUCCUCAUUGUGGUUGUAAUUCUGUUCUGCAUUGUUGUUGCCGUAUUUGUAUGGAAUUCUUGUUGGGGAAGAAAAGCUAUCCUUGGAUACAUUUCCCGUUAUCCAGAUGCUGAAUUGAGAACUGCCAAAAAUGGGCAAUACGUCAAGGUCUCCGGGGUGGUGACUUGUGGAAAUGUGCCCCUUGAAUCAUCGUUCCAAAGGGUUUCUAGAUGUGUCUACACGUCUACCAGUUUAUAUGAAUAUCGAGGAUGGGAUUCUAAGGCUGCAAAUCCUACACACCGUUGUUUUACCUGGGGACUUAGAUCAUCAGAAAGACAUGCUGUCGACUUCUACAUAUCUGAUUUUCAGUCAGGACUAAGAGCAUUGGUUAAAACUGGCUAUGGUGCUCGGGUGACUCCAUAUGUCGACGAAUCCGUUGUCAUUGAAGUCGAUCCGCUAAAUAAAGAGUUGUCACCAGAAUUUGUCCGGUGGUUGGGAGAGCGGAAUCUUUCUAGUGAUGACCGUAUGAUGCAAUUGAAGGAAGGGUAUAUCAAAGAAGGAAGCACAGUUAGCGUAAUGGGAGUUGUUCAGAGAAACGAAAACGUGCUUAUGAUAGUUCCUCCUGCAGAGCCAUUCACAACGGGAUGCCAGUGGACUAAAUGUAUAUUUCCCACUAGUCUCGAUGGAAUUGUUCUGAGGUGCGAAGAUUCAUCUAAGAUGGAUGUUAUACCAGUGUAAUAGCUUGUCGUGUUCGACUUGUCUCCAUGUUUGUGCAUUGUAAAAGUUUGUUCUUUUCAUUAUUGAAAACUAAUUAUCGUGGAGAUUCUAAUGUAGUUUUUAAUCAAAGUUGUUUAUUUGUUAGAUUAUGAAAGAAUUUGUAAUGUUAAUGGUUUGUAUUGUAGAAAUGAGCAAGUAUACAAGUUUGUGUUCUGCUUCA